GUUAAACUAUAACAAAUGAGUUAUAUAGAUUAUGUGUAUUGAAACUGGAAUCAAUGUAAAAAACGAACGCCAUUUAAGCGUUCUUCCCCAAACAACCCUGCUUCCGAAAUCUCAUUGCGGUUCCGUCUUGACGGCGGCGGCGGCGGCGGCGAAAUCAUGACAUCGUUUGGAUCUCUUAAAUCAGCUAUAUUCGACAAAGAAGAGAGAAAACAGCAAUAUCAGGCGCAUAUUCGAGGCCUCAAUGCAUACGAUCGCCAUAAAAAAUUCAUUAAAGAUUACGUUAGUUUCUAUGGGAAAGAAGAAAAACCUUCAACCUUAAAGCUGCCUAUUAAAACAGAUAAAGAUACCCUAAGAGAGGGAUACAGAUUCAUACGGUCAGAGGAAGAUGAUAUGGAUCCAUCAUGGGAGCAAAGGCUUGUGAAGCGCUAUUAUGCCAAGCUUUUUAAAGAAUACUGUCUUGCUGACAUGUCACAGUACAAGAGUGGUAAGAUUGGUCUCAGAUGGAGAACAGAGAAGGAAGUCAUGUCCGGCAAAGGCCAGUUUAUAUGUGGUAACAAGCAUUGCAAUGAGAAAGAUGGAUUAGCAAGCUAUGAGGUGAACUUUUGUUACUUUGAAGCUGGAGAAAACAAACAAGCUCUAGUUAAAUUGGUAGCAUGUGACAGAUGUGCCGAGAAACUUAACUACAAGAGGCAGAAAGAAAAGGAGCAAUUAGAAAAAAGACAACAAAAGCAAGAUAGAAAGAGGAAUCGUUCAAAGAGUGAUGAUGAUCUAGAUGAGGUUCAAGAAAGCGAAGAUAGAAGACGGAAAGGAAAGAGGGCUUUGGUUUCAGCCAAUGAUCAUAAAAUAGAGGAAGAAGAUGGCGACAGUGAUAACAUAGAUGAGUUUCUUGAGGGGAUGUUUCCCUGAUCUUCAACUGAUUCAUUGCUAUACCUCAAAAGUAUAUCUUGAGACCUAAGCUGCGCAAAACAUGAAAAGAAGUUAGCCAGUGCUCGGAGCAAGUCAUACAGGACCAAGGGGAUGCUUGAGACAACAAAACUUUAUUUAACCUGUGCAGCCCUUCGAAAUUGUGCACACCAUAAUUGCUUAGGAGCUUUGUAUUCUGUACAGUUUGCAUAACAUCGUCAUCUUAAUGGUAGUCGUGAAAUUUGUAAAGGAGAAGUAUACUCAUUUAUUAGGUAUUAAAAUGUCGUGAAAUUAUUGAUUUGAGUCAAUAAACUGAAGAGGCUCGACUUUUAUUUUUA